GUAUCUGUUAAACAUGGUGUUGUAGGAAAGGAAGUAUGACUAAUCCUGUUUCUUGUAUCUUUGUAUUUAUCGGUAUAUAAAAGGCAAGCUUUCCAGUUCACUGAGAAAUGAAACCUUUACGAUUGUCGUCGUGAACUUUAGCAGUGUCACAUUAUGCGCUUGUGCGCUAAACGGCCAGAUCACAGACCUCUAGGAUUCAGGCUUAGCCGCUUCUAAUGUCGGACUAUCAAAGGAAGAAAAGCACCCAGCCAGCAGCUUCUGUCGUCAGAAAGCUUUGAAUUCAAUGACGAGAAUGACUGUCUAAUGCUUCAACAGUGCAGGACUUUCUCAACAGCCACGUGCGUUGAUCUUCGGACCCUACAAUACGCAGCCCGAAACGUUAACCACUAGUUCAAGUCUGAUCUGGAACUUUUGUGAAUGCGGCGUGUGAAACUCACGUGCUUCUAGAACCCCAGCACACAUUAGAAAAACAACAACAACAAACAAACAGAAAACAACUUGCGGAAUGAAACAAGACUUCAUCGACAGGUCUUAUCUGAAUGCACAAGAGGACCUCAGAAUUUCUUCUGUGAAGGAUGGACCCGUUUGUGUUCUUAAUGACUCAAUUUCUGAAUUAGGAUUCGACAAAACACUGGAGUCUCAAAAUGAUAAGUUUCAAACCAAUAAACAGAAACACGCCGGAGACAACUUGAUAACGAACUGUCUCGAGCAGGACUAUGACGUCACAAAAACAGUCUUUAUGGCCAAUAGCGAAAUCCUGGAGACACAAGAAGAAGCUGCGAAAGUAACCGAGUGCCUUCAGCGAUACCCAGUUGUUUUGUUAACGCGUUUGGAUACUGAAAAUUUUGGACAGUUAUUUUUCGAUAAAAUCUGCAUGAACUGUGUGGAAAUAAAUAAUAAUAACAGCGCGAAAACUACAGAAAACUUUCAAACUUCGUCUCCAGACAAGAUACGCUUUUCCGAGAAUGUAACGAACGAUUCUCAUACAUUUUUACCUCAAAAGAUUAAAAUGGAAAUGAUUUCAGAAAAUGCACUGAACACAACUGAUACAAAUGACAUUGAUCCAGUUUGUUCACCAGCUUCGUCAAUGGAUGAGAACGACGACCAGGCAUUACCUUUAGUUAUUUCAGAGGUACGAUGGAACGCUAAAGAUAUUUUUUAUGACAAUACACCAAUAAAGGAUAAUCAAUCGGAUAACGCAAAUUAUUUCAAUUCAAAUAUUGUAGACAGCAACAUUGUUGAACCCUUCUUCUCACUGUUAGAAGCAAUUGAAAGUAAUAACCACACAUCAAGUAAAGUUUCCCAGAGUUCACCUUCUACAAAAACCGCCAGUGUACCAACUAGUACAAUGCCAUUAGAAGGCUCUCUACCUAGUGAAAACGUUCCAAUGCCAGAGACAGGCUGUUCAGUGGACAAAGUUUCUGACUCAGAUUUCCAAUUCAAAGAUCAAAUAUAUGAAAGUUCUGUGGCAAAGGAUAACAAUUCAGAGAACUCUGAUCAACGCCUAUCACCAAAACUCAGUGGUAAAAAAGACCUGAGAAAUAGACGAAAAUGUCAGCGAGUAGUGAAUUACUCUGACGAUUCUUCAUUAGACUGUUUACUUGACAGCAUGGACAAAGCGCACAAAAAGAACCGCAGAAAUAAAUCGAAACAUAUGCCGCCAUUAAUGAAAGAAAUCAGAAAAAAAGCAACAGCGUAUUCUAAGUGUAGAAAACGCGCAGAAUUAGGCAAUUCGAGUGGAAAAAACUUGGAUACUGGAAAUAAAGUUUCUCAGAAAAGAACGAAUUCUGUUUUGGAAUCACUUACCACUUACGAGAAUAAUUUGCAUGAAAACGCAGUUAAACCUAUUAAAAUUUUAUUUUCUGAUACAAAUGCUGAAGUAAAUCCUGAUAAAACGUCUAAAAGAAAAAGUGAAGACAAAGGAGAUCUUAAAGACACUGAACUAUCAUCCAGUAUCAUGAAGUCCGAAAAAAAAGCAUCACGUAUGAGAGCAGUGUUUCAAAAGUUAGAAAAAGAAAUCAGUUUUUCUUUGACAGCAACGCCCUCACACAAGAAAACUCUCCCAAGCGAUGAGGAAUCUAUUGAUUGUAUAAAAGUAGUAUCUAGCCUAAAAGAAACUAAGCCCCAGUCAACAUCACCGGUUCCUUCUCAUAUGAAACAGAGAGACAAAAGGUUUUCUGUUGAUUCUCAUUAUCUCCAGAAGAGACCUUCUCCAGGUUUACGAAGAGAAGAAAAACACCGCAAAAGAGGAAAUAAAGUACCUUCUCAUUGCUCAUCUCCAGGUUCGGACAAUAGCCAUGAUCAACAAGCUGGUCCUUCAAAGAAAACUAAGAAAAAACGGGGACAUAUAAACGAUGACGAAGCCCCAUUGAAAAGAUUGGCUCGAGAGUUACCUAGAUUUAACUGGCUUGAAGACAAAAUAAAAAACAGUUCCCAAACCUCUUCUGUUCAACUAGUAAAGGAGACAAGAACGGAAAAAUCAGUGAUAACUAUGGAUAAUGGCCCUAUACUCAAAAACAAAGUCAUCAACAACAGCCAAUUUGAUGAAAGCAUAAUUGGAGCAGCACAAAAUCAAACUUUAUAUGAAAAAACAUGCGAUAUAACCGAGUCUACCGAUUGCAUUUUUCCAGGACAAAACAAUUUUGAGAAAACUGUGGAAAUAGGUUGAAAAUGGUAGUGAUUGUA